AUGUCUGAAUGAACUCCAAAUGCGAAUUUAAAAGACAUCGAAAAUGCUAUUCAGUACCAAAUAAAGCAAGCAGCAGAGUUUCUUCGGAAGGAUGAUUACAAUCACUCGCUUUAUCUUUUAAAUAGCGCUUUAGAUCAAUCAUCGAAUAUUAAACAAAUGGAAGUUAGAAACAAGCUCUGUUCAAUUGCUAUGAACCACUAUGGAACUUAUUAUAAGAAACUUAAAAACAAUGAAAAAGCGCUUGAGUGCUUUUUUAAAGCUGCAGAAAUUGGAAAAUCCAAAGGCGAAGAGGUAAGCAUACUUGCACAAUCACAUUUAAAUAUAUGUGCAAUUUUGUCGGAAAAGCAAGAGCAUGAAAGAGCACUAACUCCUACCCUUUAAAUUGAAACAAAAUAUAGGUAAAAUUUAAAAUUUUUGGGUGAGAAAACCCCCAAUAUGAACAAAUUUUUGUUUUCAAUUCGCAAAUUAUAGCUGAAAAUACGAAUUUAUAAAAUUAAUUAUAAUCUAAUUUAAUCGAAAAAAUGUGAAUAAAAUAUUAUAAAACAGUUUUUAUAUUGAAUACAUUAAUCUAUAAAUUAAUUCUUCAUAAAAUAAGUUAAAAAUUAUAAAUAUCCUUUUCAAUUUAUAUUUGCUAUAGAGAAAAAUUUAAUUUAAAUUUUUUUUUAAAAUAUUAGCCCUCCUUUCAUUGAAUAGGAUUUUUUGUUCCAAUUUUAAGAGGGGAGAUAAGGCACUCUUUGAAGUCUCUUUAUUUAUUGAGGAAUAAUUUCAAUGAAAAUCCAGGCUUAGCUAGUCAUUUGGGAAUUGCUUAUCAUAAUGUAGGGGUUGAGUAUGAAUUUUUAAAUCAAAUGACCGAUGCGUUAUAGCUCGGCAUGCUAUUAGCGAGCCUAAGAGCUUAACAGAAGCAGAAGCUAAGUUUUUGACUUUUCUGCUCCAUUCUGAUGAGCCAAAUUCGAUUAUGCAAACACAUCCACAAUUGCUACGGUUUGCCAAAUUGAGUUUGGCUUGCUAGAAUAGAGCGGAAAAGCCUGCAAUCUUGGCUUCUACUCCAGCCUGUUCUAAAAGCGCACUAAUAGCGUUCUUGAGUUAUAGACUGCUAUAAGAAAGGAUAUGACUUAUGUAGAGAAAAUAUAGGAGAAAAUCAUGAGAUAACUAAAAAGCUAAAAAAUCAUUAUGCGAUGUGCGAAAGAGAAAUAAAAGGCCCUGAAAUCCCUUCAGUGCCGUUAUUGAAGCAUAAAAUUGAACUUACCAAAGUUGACAAUUCCUUUUGAAAAAGAGGAAAAAGCAGAGAGGCCAGCAGAAAGGCUAUAAAACUUCCUGAUAAUAUAUCAGGAAAUAAGCCUUACAGAAAUAAAUCCCAUCUCAGACUAAAAAUUGAAAAAAGUUCUCACCCAAAUCAUAACAGUUUACAAAGGUUAGGCUACGUCAGUAAGCCUUCAAGUGCAAAUGUGAGAAGAUCAUCUUCAGCAGCAAAAAUUCUCAGAACAAAAUCUCCACCGAUUAAUAAUGUCAAACUAAGAGAGGCUAGCCCAUUUAUGAAUCUAAGCUGAAAAUCCAACCGUAAAAGAGCUCUUAAGCUAAAGGGGUCAAGAAAGUCAAUUCCAACUCCCAUUCCUAUUAGAAGAAAAAGAAUUGAUAUAGAGGAAUUUAGAGCUAGAGAAAACCUUGCUGCUACAAUCAUUCAGGCUUGGUGAAAAGGAUGCAUAGAACGCAUGCGCUUUAAACAGAAAAGAGUUUUGAGUGCUAAAAAAAGAUUUUUAAAAGAUGCAGAAAUUUUGAAAGACAUUAUUAAUCAGAGAUCUGCAAAAAAGAUUAAGCAAAAAAAUAUUAAAAUUAAGCUAAUUCCAAGGAAAAAUGAUGUAAAAACCUUUGAAGAGCAAAUAGUAAAAAUCCAAGCGUUUUUUAGAAUGCUUUUAUGUAGGGUUCGAUAUUGAAAAAUAAAAAAAGCAUGCUUAGCAAUUCAAAAAUCAGCUAAAAUGUGGCAGUGCAGGAAAAUUUAUAAGAAAAUUAGAAACGCCGCAAUAUUUAUACAAAGAGAGUACAGAAAGCGUAUUUCAUGAAGUUUCGAUGUAAAGUCAGUAAACAACAAAAUUCUGGAUGAAUAA